ACCACCACUUGUCUCGUACACUGCUCUUUCCCUCGUGAGUUGCCGAAGGAGCCCAAUGUCAACAAUGCUUGGGUUCGCGAUACGCGCGGGAGUCCAAGGAGCUCGAGUUCUAAGCCGCUAUGGACCUUCGACUAACCGGGGACUCUUUCGUAGUUUCCACGAAUCUCUCGCGGUAUUCGGCAUCGAUGGAAUCCAUCUACGAAUGCCCUCUCUAUCGCCCACCAUGACCGAAGGCGUUAUCGUGCGUUGGCUAAAGCAGGAAGGAGAUCCUAUUCAGCCCGGAGAUGUUCUCUGUGAAAUCCAAACAGACAAGGCCGUUGUUGCCUUUGAGGUGGAAGAAGCUGGGACAUUGGCGAAAAUCAUUGAACCCAGCGGCGACAAGAGCAUCCCAAUCAACACUCUAAUAGGCAUAAUGGUUGAAGAGGGAGAAGAUUGGAAGGACGUGAAUAUUCCUGUUGAAACGGUUGCAGCCCCAGCAGCAGCCCCGUCUGCUCCGAAAGGAAGCCCAGCUGUUGUACCUGCAACUUCAAGUACGGCCAGUGGGACAAUGAGAACUAAAUUACAUCUUCUUGGUCCCGCCGUUAAAUUAUUACUACAUCAGCACGGCCUUGAUGCAUUUCAGGUGCCUGCUAGUGGACCGAAAAAUAUUUUGCUGAAAGGCGAUGUUCUUCAUUUCAUCGAAAGUGGCGGUGUGUCGCAGUUGUCUAGAUCCGCUUCAUCUCCUGCUGUACAAGCCCGUGGAGGUCCAAGCGCAGGAAUCGAUCCUCCAGCGGUUCCACCUUUCCGCGACAUCGAAUUAAGCAGCAUGCGACGCGCAAUAGCCAAACGUUUGUCAUUGUCCAAAUCAACCAUUCCCCACAGUUAUACGUCUGUUGACGUUUCGGUCGCAUCUGUACUAAAUACGAGGAAACGCCUCGCUCAGGAGGGCACCAAAGUGUCUGUCAACGAUUUCGUAGUAAAAGCAGUCGCGCUCGCCCUGAAGAAGGUUCCACAGAUGAAUGUCGUAUGGGACGCUGCAGCUGGAGAUGCUAUACAACUUGAUAAAGUUGAUAUCUCUGUCGCCGUUGCAACGGAAAAUGGAUUGAUUACUCCAAUUGUAACGGACGCUGACGCUAGGAUGAUCGGGGAUAUUGCUGCUUCCAUUAGAGAGUUGGCCGGACGAGCACGCGAAAACAAGCUGAAGCCGAAUGAAUUUGAAGGUGGCUCGUUUAGCGUAAGCAAUCUCGGAAUGUUUGGCAUCAGGGAAUUUACGGCCGUUAUCAAUCCACCUCAGGCGGCUAUCAUGGCUGUCGGAGGUAGCCGCCAGGUGUUUACUGCGAACCGAACGGUCGACACCAUUAUGACUGUCACGGUAUCUUUCGACGCGCGUCUUAUCAGCGAUAGUGACGCAGGUGACUUUCUCAAAGCAUUUCGUGGAUUCUUGGAAAAUCCAGAUACUAUGCUUGGAGCAUAGGGCGUGAAACAGUACAUCUGAAAUAGACAUGAGACCGCAAAGUCAAAACUGCUUCUUUUUAAAAAUCUAAUUAUAUAAAACCACAGUAAUUAUUUGAUCUUAAAGAAUCGCAAAGGACAUUCAGGCUUAUACAUCAGUAGAAUGCUAAUUUAUUGUUUAUAUUAAUGCAGCCAUAAUGUCAGCUUUCAAUAGAUCGUAAUCUAUUCAUUAACCUUGCUAUGCUGCGAUCAGUUUGAUUCAGGGAUUCCGAAUAUCUGAAACGCUAGUUAAAAGGCGCCACGGCACCAUCAGAGGGCUGUCGAACCUAUACUUCCACAAAUCAUGGGCUGAUGCAUUUGUUUUAUUUAAUUAUUGGUUAGAACAAUACUACCGACUACAAUUUUAGUUAAGAGGAUUGCAAAUUGGAAGAUUAGAGGUUGUAGGUGUUUGAGGAAGAAAUACACUCCUACAUUACCCUGCUCCAUCAUGCGCAGUGAUUCUACUCGAAAACGUACAAUAGCAACGCGCGAUGUGACGCGGCGCGGCUUAUGUAUUAAAAUCUCAUUUGAUAUAGAUCCGGAGUGUUUUUUUUUUUUUUUUUUUUUUAUUAAACGUAAUAAUAUCGCUUUUUUUUGUACGAAAUGUCUGUCUAAUUGGGCGAAUUACGAUAAAAGCUCAUGAAUAUGAGCAUAAUGGUUUAGUUAAGGUCCUUCUUCUUUGUCUUAAUUGACUUCUACCCGCCAAUCAUGGUGAAAUGAGCCAUCUCAGUCCCAUUGUCCAUAAGAUUUCAACUGUUUUAUUAAGCAGCUUUGACGUACAUACCAAAUAUAAGUUUCGAAGCAAGAAUAUUGAAGAAUGAUAGUUAGAGGUUUUGAUGUGACGAAAUAAAAAUAUAUAUGAUGAAAGUAAAAAAAUUGUAAAAUGAGGUGUCAUAUGAAUGAGGGAUAACAAAAUGCGUUAUAUCGUCGAAAAAAUAAACAAUGAUGUACAAUGUUUGUUA